GGCGAGAAGGCCCACCCCCUGCGCACAGACGCAGGGAAGAAGGGGCGGGGCUACGCUAGCGUCCGCGCCAUCAGGCAGAGGUGGCGAAAGGGUCCGUUCUCUGUGUAUGGUUUUGCCAGCCAAGCGGUUUUGCUUGGUUCCAUCCAUGGAGGGCGUGCGCUGGGCUUUUUCCUGCGGCACUUGGCUGCCGAGCCGAGCCGAAUGGCUGCUGGCAGUGCGAUCGAUCCAGCCCGAGGAGAAGGAGCGCAUUGGCCAGUUCGUCUUUGCCCGGGACGCUAAGGCAGCCAUGGCUGGUCGUCUGAUGAUGAGGAAAUUAGUUGCAGAGAAAUUGAAUAUCCCUUGGAAUAAUAUCCGUUUGCAAAGAACUGCAAAAGGAAAACCAGUUCUUGCAAAGGACUCACUGAAUCCUUACCCCAAUUUCAACUUUAACAUCUCUCAUCAAGGGGACUAUGCAGUGCUUGCUGCUGAACCUGAACUACAAGUUGGAAUUGAUAUAAUGAAGACUAGUUUUCCAGGUCGUGGUUCGAUCCCAGAAUUCUUUCAUAUUAUGAAAAGAAAGUUUACCAACAAAGAAUGGGAAACAAUCAGAAGCUUUAAGGAUGAAUGGACUCAGUUGGAUAUGUUUUAUAGGAAUUGGGCACUGAAAGAAAGCUUCAUAAAAGCCAUUGGUGUUGGACUAGGAUUUGAAUUGCAACGGCUUGAAUUUGAUAUAUCUCCAUUAAACUUGGAUAUAGGCCAAGUUUAUAGAGAAACACGAUUGUUCUUGGAUGGGGAGGAAGAAAAAGAAUGGGCAUUUGAGGAAAGCAAAAUAGAUGAGCACCAUUUUGUUGCUGUAGCUCUUAGGAAACCUGAUGGAUCUAGACAUCAGGAGGUUCCAUCUCAAGAUGAUUCUAAACCAACCCAGAGGAAAUUUACUAUUCUCACCUUUAAUGAUUUAAUAGCAUCUGCUGUUCCCAUGACACCUGAAGAUCCUUCCUUUUGGGACUGCUUUUGCUUCACAGAAGAAAUUCUAAUACGAAAUGGAGGAGACUGUUGAAAAUGAAGAAGCUAAGGUGGGCUUGGGAGAAUGGAAUUGAGGUGAAGCCCACUGCCUGCCAUAAGAAAGGUGUGCCACAAUUUACUCAUUUCUUUUCUAUUAAGACAUUUUGAUUGCAGUUAAUUAAGCAGUGUUUCAGUGAAUGUCCUUGUACAUUUUGAGGUACGUGCUUACUUAUGUCCUUAAGUUUCCGGAAGUGGAAUGACUGGUUCACAGGGCUUAAACAUUUUUAGAACUUUGAUGAGUUUUACCAUAUUGCUCUCCACAAAUGCUGUACAAUUUACCCUUUCAGUUAGUACUAUAUGUGUGGCCACCCUCCUACCUACAUAUUUCCUGGUCAAUUGUAGGUAUUAUCUUUUUUUAAUUUAAUCUUUGCCAGUAUAACUGAAAAUGGUAUGUGAUUUUAAAAAUACGUAUUUCAUUACACAUGACGUGGAUAUAUCCCAUCAGUGUUGUUAUUGGU